AUGAAGGUCUUUAUCACUGGCGCUGGCGGCCUUGUCGGCUCUGCGGUUACCAAGGAGCUCAUUGCUCACGGACACACUGUCGUCGGCCUCGCUCGCUCGGACGCUUCGGGAGCCAACAUUACCGCCAACGGCGGCACCUUUGUCCAAGGCGACAUCACCAACCUUGACCUCGUCAAGCAGCUGGCUUCGGACGCCGACGCCACGAUCCACUGCGCGUUCGACAACUCGUUCACCGACUUCCCCAAGGCCUGUGCCGAGGACCGCGACGUGCUCGACACCGUCGGAGCCGUCUACGUCGGUACGGACAAGGUUCUCCUCACGUGCUCGGGCGCGCUCAUUGUCGCCGGUGUCCCUGGUGCCGACGAGGACACGCCCGUCCCGGCCGCUAUGGGCGCUUUCAACCCACGCGUCCAGUCUGAGAUCCUUGCGCUCGAAUGGGCCGCCAAGGGCGUGCGUGUCGGCAUCAUGCGUCUCCCGCCCAUGGUCCACCACCCCAAGCUCAUGAACCACGGCUUCAUCCUCCUCAUCCUCGGUGCCCACAAAAAGGCCGGCUAUGUCGCCGUCAUCGAGGGCGACGACAACGUCACCUGGUCGGCGGUCAACGUGCUCGACCUGGCCGUCCUGUUCCGCCUCGCCCUCGACAAGACCCAGGGCGGUAUGCACUGGCACCCGGCCGGUGACUCUGCCAUCAAGAUUUCCGACAUUGCCGCUAUCGCUUCGAAAAAGCUCGACAUCCCACUCAAGACGAUCCCCAAGGCCGAGGCCGGCGCCCACUUUGGUAUCAUUGGCCACUUCCUCGGUGUCGGCGCGCCCUUCCCUACUGAAAAGACCAAGGAGCGUACCGGCUGGACUGUGACCCAGCCUGGCCUUCUUGAGGAGCUCGAGAAGGGAGCCUACUUUGACAAGAUCUAG